AUGUCAUCCACGUGGACCACGAUGAUCAUGAUCACACGUCCCUCCUCCAUCAAUCGAAAAACACACGCAUCUGCCAGACACUGCAAAAAACCUAAAAGUAACAAACACCUCGUCAGGUGCGCAUGCCAAUGUCGUGAUGCCUGCUUCAAACCAUACAGACUCUUGCAUAGCUUCACGAUCAGGCCAGAUAACCUACCACACCCCUGCGGUAAGCGCAUGAAAACAUCCUCAUCAAGCUCAGACUGCACAAAAGCCUGCUGAAUAUCGAAAUGGCACAAGUCAAGAUUCUGCUCGCAUGCUAAUGCUGCCAACGAGCGCACACUGGACACUGAUACGGUGGGUGCAAACAAUUCUCCAAAAUCAAUUGAAGCCCUAUGCAUGUCCCCCUGCGCUACAAGUCUUGCCUUGAAUUUCGUCGGCCAUCCGUACUCGUCUGCCUUACAUUUAAUAACCCACUUAGCAUUGAUGGCGUUCUCUACUGGCUGCUACACCGGACUAAAAGUUCCUGCAUCCAAUAAACCGAAAAACUCUCGAUCGACUGCAUCAUCCCACAACUCUGAAUGCUGAAACCGCAUGGCCUCCUUGAACGUUUUCGGCACGCGAAGGUCGCUGGCGAGGCAGUGAGGAAGGUCUGGCAUCUUGUCGGGCGGGCGCUCGGCGCGAAGAGCGGCGUCCUCAUCCUCGCGGGUGGCUAACAUCGUUGCGAGCAUCUGCGGUCUCCAUCCCCACCCAGAAUCCACGGGCCC